UCGUUUCAGGACUGACUCUGAAUAGCAGUCCAGAAAGAAGAAACAAUCGUGUUGAUUUAAGUUGAACAUUUGUCUCUAAGAUUAAGAACAAAGCCAUGCCGGUGCUUUCGGAAGACUCAGGAUUGCAUGAAGCUUUGGCCCUUUUGACAUCUCAGUUAAGACCUGAUUCAAAUCAUAAAGAGGAAAUGGGAUUCCUUAGAGAUGUCUUCAGUGAAAAGAGUCUCAGCUACCUGGUGAAGAUUCAUGAAAAACUCCGUCAUUAUGAAAGACAGAGUCCAACUCCUGUUUUACAUACUGCAGCAGGAUUAGUUGAAGAUGUGAUAGAAGAAUUGCAGACUGCACCAGUGAGUAAUGACGAAAAAGAGCUACUUCAGCUGUUGUCAACACCACAUCUCAGGGCAAUGCUUGUAGUACAUGACACUGUAGCGCAGAAGAACUUUGAACCGGUCCUUCCACCUCUACCUGAUAACUUCGAUGACGAUUUUGAUGAGGAAUCGGUGAAAAUUGUUCGGCUAGUGAAAAAUAAAGAACCCUUGGGAGCUACCAUCAGAAGAGAUGAGCAUACAGGAGCUGUGAUUGUAGCAAGGAUCAUGAGAGGCGGUGCUGCGGAUCGCAGUGGUCUUGUCCAUGUUGGAGAUGAACUAAGAGAAGUCAACGGUAUUAAUGUGCUUCACAAACGACCGGAAGAAAUAAGUCAGAUUUUGGCUCAGUCUCAGGGAUCAAUAACAUUAAAAAUAAUUCCAGCCAUCAAAGAAGAAGAUCGUCUAAAAGACAGCAAGGUGUUUAUGAGAGCGCUUUUCUGCUAUAAUCCCAAAGAAGACAGAGCCAUUCCUUGCCAAGAGGCUGGGCUGCCAUUUAAGAGACGACACAUCCUAGAAGUCGUAAGCCAAGAUGAUCCCACAUGGUGGCAAGCAAAGCGUGUAGGAGAUACUAACCUCAGAGCAGGCUUGAUCCCCUCAAAACAGUUCCAAGAAAGACGAUUGACUUACAGAAGAACAGUAGGCACUCUGCAGAAUCCCAGAACUGUGAAGAAACUAUUAUAUGAUCAGUCUUCUGAUAGAGAAGACUGUGACUGUGAAGGAUAUUUCAACGGACAGUACAUAGCUGGUUUACGUAGGAGCUUUAGAUUAAGUCGUAAAGAGAAGGAGAACAGUCUGAAUGAAGGAAAACGGGCAGAUCGGGCAGACACAGCAGAGUUCCUAACGUACGAAGAAGUCACAAAAUAUCAGCAGCAGCCUGGUGAACAGCAAAGGCUGGUGGUUUUGAUUGGUUGCUUGGGGGCCAAAUUGAGUGAGCUCAAGCAGAAGGUUGUGUCAGAGAACCCACAGGAGUAUGGUGUUGCAGUUCCACAUACAACCAGGUCAAAAAAGAGUCAUGAGAAAGAGGGAGUAGAAUACAAUUUUGUCUCCAAGCAAUCAUUUGAGACAGAUGUGCAGCAAAACAAAUUUGUGGAACAUGGAGAAUACAAAGAAAAUCUGUAUGGUACAAGUCUUGAGGCAAUCCGGUCUGUGAUGGCCAAAAAGAAGGUUUGUUUGGUGGAUGUGGUGCCUGAAGCAGUAAAGCACUUGAGGACUCCUGAGUUUAAGCCUUACGUUAUCUUUGUGAAGCCUCUCAUUCCAGAAAACAAAAAACACGUCCUAAAAUCUCCCCUGUCAGAAGAAAUCUCAGCCCGCCUGGAUGAAGAACAGCAGGAAAUUAUUAAUUCAGCAGCAUUCAUUGAAGAGCAAUAUGGCCAUUUAAUUGACACUGUACUGGUGAAAGAAGAUCUCCAGAGUGCAUGUAAUCAGCUGAAAACUGUGUUAGAGAAACUAAGCAAGGAUUCAUUUUGGGUGCCAGUCAGUUGGGUUAGGUCAUAGCUUGUUAUCAUCUAUUUAAGGUCUUGUAAAUAUAUAGAGUGGAAAAAGGACAAUAUGUCAAAUUAAAUUCAGAAUUGCUAGUCUGUCUAGAAGGUAAUGCAUAAAGGCUGUGAGAAAAAGUAAAC